AUGGUUCGCUCGCGUGUGCUAUCUUUCAUAUCGGCAUUCGGUGGCUCGUCCCGCAAAGAUCGUCCUGAACAACGUCAUCGGGCAUCCUCCGCUUCAGUCGCAUUCAACAAGGCUCCGUCGAGAGUGGACACACCUUCUUCAGAUACGCCCUCUCCGCAAGAUGCUUCACCAACAGGGCUCUCGUCGAAUGAACGCCGGAUGUCGCGGCCUGGGUCGACCAUCUUUUCGCAUGAUCCUCCGUUCAUAGAAAUUUCUCCAGAUACCCCUCCGGAACUCCAACCAAUCUUCACGUUCCUCAACAGCCAUGCGAACAAGGUGUAUCACGAAGGCUAUUUUCUGAAAUUGAAUGAUUUAGAUACUCCUGGUGAAAGGGAAACUUCCCCUACCUUUAUUAACUUGGCGGAUGCGUCCGUUAAAGUGAUCGAAACCCUACCGACCCGGAAUUCGGAAACACCAAUGGUGAAGAAUGUUCUCAGUAUUUGCUCAGCAGGUCAAAACCGAUAUCUUCUACAUUUCGGUUCUUUCCACUCCCUCAUACAAUGGACUUCAGCCAUUCGUUUAUCCUUGUUUGAACAUACCUCGCUGUAUGAGGCAUACACUGGUGCCAUGAUUGCAGGCAAAGGGAAAAGUCUCAACAAUAUCCGAGGUAUCUUAGAACGCAAUCGCUUCAAGCAUGAGGACUGGGCUCGUGUAAGAUUCGGUGCGGGGACGCCUUGGAGACGGUGCUGGUUUGUUAUCACCCCUCCGAAUGAAAAAGAAUACCAAAAAGCACAGAAGUCCCUUAAGAAAAAGUCGGCUUAUGACCGGGCACCUCAAAUGGUCACAGGAGACAUUAAGUUCUAUGAGACGAAGAAAACUAAGAAAGCGAAGCCAAUUGCGACUAUAACCAAUGCUUACAGCGCUUACGCUAUUUACCCUCAGUCCAAGGAGCUGAUUGAUCAAUCAACACUGGUUAAGAUUGAAGGAGAUGUCACGAUUCACUCCCAGCAACAGUCAACUUCGGAAGGGUUUGUCUUUGUCAUGCCAGAAUCACAUCCAGCUGUGUCUGGAUUCGAAAUGAUGAUUCGGUUCCUAGUACCCACCUUCGACACUUUCAACCUAUACGGACGCCCGACCCGUCUAAUUGCCGCUACGAAUCACAUUAAGAGCAUCAUGUUUGCUUUCCCGAAGCAGCGGCGUUAUGGCUAUCUAGAUAGUCUCGACAUCGCGUCCUUGAUGCAAACUGCAGGCAGUCAGGAUUGGAGUGAGGCAGAAUGGAGGAAACAGUUGAAGGAGGCAACCGCACGUCGCAUGGCAGCUGCUGGCAGCAGAACCAGCAGCAUCUCGAGCAAACCACGUUUUCGGACGAGCCUUCCAAAUCGCCACAGCAAUGUCCACGCUGGACUGCGGCGCAAUGAGACCUUCCCCGAGAGCUUCAAUCAGUCGGCUGACGCGAUUGUCCAAGACGUGCCUAGCGAUGCAAAUUUCUUGCCAACCUAUCAUGUGCGAGGUGCUUCGGAUACGGCAGGGUUCUCGGCUAACAGAAAGCAGACGCACGCUCCUGUAGUCGAAAGCUCUCCAUCUUCCUCCGCGCGUGAUUUACUACAAGCUGGGCAUGAGCGUCCCUGCCCCAAUGAGUUUAACGAUCAAAGUAGCUCUGACAGUGACUGGAGACAACGUUCAGAGCCCCACACAAUCCCCGAGGCUGAAGCUAUCGGGGAGCAGUUCCGGUUGCCUUCUCCUCCAUCACCAGUCACUAAUCCUCCGGCCUUUACCCAUGCACCAGGGGAAAUUCCUCAGGAACGGCCGCUCCCCUCGGCGGAUCUGAGAAAGGCUAACAACAGAAUGUCCAAUGCGACUCUUGCCCAACUCGCCGCCGCUUCAGGAAAGAUGAAUCUGCUUGGCGCCGUGUCAUUCGAAGACCAGGAGGCCAAAGAGACCGAUGCUCAGAGCUCUCAAGCUCCCACCCCAACCGAUUCUUACAAAGCUGGCUUUGGGAUGCCGAGUGUCCCUUCCUUAUUAUCGGACUCGAGUGACAAGAGGGCCACCCCACAGGAGCAGGGCCCGCCAACACCCGAACACCGGGCCAGUAUAUUCGGUCCUCCCUUGGAAAAGCCAAAUGGGGUCAACCUUCAUAUUGAUACGUCGAAGUCAGUGAAGAGAAAGCCGCUUCCCGGUCAACAAAACAAAGAUUCUACUGUAUCAAGUCCCAUUGAACCGAGCUUUGAUGAUCUGCGCCAUACAGUUGAUGAAGAGGCUCUGAACCGUGUGAGCUCUUAUCAGCCUUCAUUUCCUUCGCCCGUUAAGGAGCGCCAUCAGGAGGACGAAAGCGUUUAUGACGACGAGUCCACAGCCUCCCCAGACUAUGCCAGUACGCAUGGAUCCGUGUACAGCAAACGCUCUACUAAGUCAAUCCCUAAGCCGAGAAUGGGUGUAAUGAAGACGGUUGGAACGGAAGCUAGAAAAGAUUUGGUCAUCGGUGAUGCUCAUUACAGCGUCGACAAGCCUUCACAAAAGCACAAUCCAGAUAUUCCCACGGUGGACUUCGGUCCAACCAUGACUCUAAUGCCUACUACUGGGCGUCCGACUACAUCGGAUACACUUAAAAAGCUUGGCCACCAAAGGAGUGACUCGGAAUCCACCGAAAAACAACGAUUCGCCCAUCAGACAGACCGUGGCCACUCACGGUCACCAAGCCAGGAUGAAUUCCGCCGCAGUAUGAUGUGGCAACCCGGUAUGGCCGCUGCACGUCCAGUCACACCUGGUCUCACACCGGAGCAGUUCGUGCAGCAGCGUGCAGCGCCCAGUCCCCCAGUCCAUGUCCAUCACCGAACUCCUUCUACGACUCCAACACCCCCACCGGCGCGACCCGUAUCGGGUGAUUGGAUGGCCCACAAUCGUUCUCACUCCCAAAUGAGCAUUGGUAGAGACACCCAGGCGCGACCCCGUUCUCGCGGCGCCAACAGCAUGAUCAACUAUAAUGAUCUUUCGUCCCAUCUUUCUGCUCGAGAACAGGAGCAUGUUGCUCGGAUGACAGGUUCCUCGUUCUUCAACAUCAACAGUGGAAAUCUAAAGCAGCAGCAACCGGUCAACCCCAUGGGCUUAGUGGGUGCGAUCGACGCACGGGAGCGUGAGAAGAAGAGUAUCAUGGAAGGAGCGUCCAACCAGAUGGUACAGCAUGCUAUCGCCCAGCGUCAACAGCAGUGGCAGCAGCAUCCGAUGCCUCCUCCGGUCAACUCAUAUGGACUUCAAAGUGGCGCUCAUAACAGUGUUUACAAUAUGCCGGCAGCGAGUCAUACUUGGGAUGCUCUCAAUCAACCCUACCGACCUGAGGAGCCUCGACGCCAGUCCUGGUAUGGUCAAUUCCAAACCCAGCAGCCUCAAGUUUAUCAGCAAAGCCAAUAUUUCAGCCAGCAACCUGGUCAUUUGGCCAAUGCUAACACAAUGCAUUAA